AUGGCAAACCCCUUCACCGCGGAGCAGGCGCUGCUCUCGUCGCUCGCGGCGGAACGGAUAUCGGCGCGCAAGGAGGCGGCCGCGGCGGCGCCUCCUCGACCUGCGGGAGCGGGCCUCCGCUUCCGAGCCAUCCCGCCGCUUAGCGAGCGGCAGCUUGCGACGGGCGAGGUGGCCUCACUGCCCGGGUACGGGAGGCAUGCCCUCGCCGUGUCGUCGACGGGUCACGCCGGUAUUAAGGAGAUGCAGCUGGCGCGGAAGGCGCGGCAUGAGGCUGAGCUCGAGGCGUACCAUCGCCGGCGGACGGGAGUGGAGGUCGACCUCGAGGCGCGCACGGGAAAAGCGGGGCGCAAUUACCGCAAGCUCGUCGCACUCGCCGAUGAGGAGCUCGAGCUCUCAUUCGACGAGCUCGGCGACGCGUUCCUUCUCGACAUGGAGCUCAACGAGGUGCGCGACGCGUGGAGACAGAUCGACGAGCAGGGAUCGAGGCGGAGCGGCUGGACGGCGCAGCUCAAGGCGGACCUCGACGGCAUCGAGGGCGAGCGCCGCUCCAUCUGCGCGGCCGAGCUAGCGCGCCUGCUCGACGCACUGCUCGGGAUCGCACACUUGCUUCCCAACGACCUCGAGCGGCUGGUCGAGGAGCUGACGCACGAGACAAACCUGCUCAUCCUCUCCAACCGCGACGUCCACGCGACGCUGGUUGCACGCCUCGAGCAGCGGGAGGUGAAGCAGCAGCGCGAGCGAAGGGAGCGGUGGGAGCAGCGGCUCCUCGCAUGGCGACAACUGCGCCACGCCCACGCGGUGGCCUGCUACCAGCAGGCGCUGCAUGCUCCGCACGUCGUCUCGCCGCCGGAGCGCGCCGAGGCCCUUGCCGACCUCUCGGCAGCGCAGCGGGCGGCGCAGGCGCGGCGAGAGGCGCUGCUCGAGGGCCUCGCCGCCCUCGAGCCACCGGACCUCGAUGAGCGUGCGGCGGUGGCCGUUGCAGCCCAGCUCAGCGCCGUCAGCGAGGAGGAGGCGCAAGCUGAGGAGGCGCGCGUCGAGCAGCUGAUGGCGGCCGAUGCGGAGCUUGAGGGCACGCUGCGAGAGGGGCUCGAGUUUCUGCGCGGCCGCCUGCUCCAUUUCGGCGCCGCGAGCGACGAGGCGGUGGAGGCGCAGAUCGCCGCCACCGUCGAGCCGCUUCUGGCGCGCCGGCGAUCGGAGGCGCUCCGCUUCGUCGCCGCCACCCAGCGGGCCCUCCAACGGCGCAGGCGCCGGGUCCACGAGCGCGCGCUCGCACUCGCCGCAACGGUGGGCAGAGUGGGCCGCGUCUUCGACGACCACGCGGCGGAGAUCACCGAGCUGUACUCAUCGCUGCGAUGCGACAUAGCCACUUGCCGGCGAGAGCACGAGCAGCGCGACCGCAGCAGCGAGGAGGCCCUGGAUGAGAGCUUGCUGGCGCUACGCCGCGCCGCGGACAAGGAGGAGUGCAGCUUGCACGCGGCCGCGGCUACUGAGACGCUGAGCGCGAUUGCGGAGGGGUACCGCGUCUUGCACGCCGAGACGCUCGAUGUGGUCGCGCGCCACCCGUCGGCCGUGGGUUCCGCGCUCUCAAAGUUGCAUGCCCGCCUCUGCGACUCACUCCGCCUCAAAGCUUGCGCGGAGGGCUCGAACGAGGAGGAUCUCGAAGCCUUCUUUGGGCUUCGCUUCCCCGACCGGCUCGUCGCAGCGGAGCUGCUCGAGCAGGAGGAGCGUGGGAUCGCGGCGCUCGAACGGCCCGCGGCGGUCGAGGGGCGUCACCUCCUCGUCAGGACCGAGGGAGGGGUCACCUACGAGAUGCUCGAGACGACUCUGGCGGCGGCCGGGAUCGAAGCGGCCUCGUCGGCUCCCGAAGGGAGAGCGGCUGUCGUCCUGGCCGAUGGGUCGGCUGGCGAUGUGCCUCCCGAUCUCGAGCGGCGGCUGCUGCUAGGGCUGGCCGGGCGCUGCCUGUCCUACCAAGAGGUGCACGCCACCUCGAUGGCCGAACGGGCCGGCGACGAGGAGCGCGAGCUCGUGGCGCAGAUGACGCUCGAGCUCGACGAGCGGCUCAUGGCGCACCAGCCUCGCCUCGGCCGCGUCGAAACCGACAUCUUUGCCGCGCGCAACGAUGAGCUGCUCGCCCACCGCGAGCGGUUCAUGCGGCACGCCAAGGCGCUCCGCGCGAGGCGCGCCGCCGCUUGGCGGGCGAUCGAUUCGGGGCUCGCCUCUUGGAGCGGCCUCGAGGCGGCGCACCUUGAGCGGAUGCGAGCCCUUCGCGCCGCGCUGUACGACGAGAGGAGCACACACGCGCCCACGCUCCACCGGCUGGAGAGGGAGGCCGAGUCGGCACAGGAGGGCUACCUGCAAGGCGUCGACGCGCGGCGGGGCGGCCUCCUGCAGAGCAUCGACGCGGUGGUGGCAGCCCACCGCGAGAGCAACGCCGAGUUCGAGGCGACGUGGAGGAGUUUCCACGAGGGAGGCAACUUCAACGCCGACGAGCGCAGCCGAUUCCGCUCACGCCUCGAGGAGCAGGCGGCUCUGGCCGAGGACGAGGCCGCGAAGCAGCGCUCCCGUGUCGAGACGGCGCACGAGGAGCGAGUCGCCGCGGCGGCCGCCGCGAUGGAGACUUUCGCGGAGGCGCGCGCGCUCAACCUCGAGGACGCCAUCCGGGCAUUGGGCGAGCUGCUCGUCCGCGAGGCAGCCGGUGGUGAUGAGCCGCGGGUCUCUGCGGCAGCGGCCGCUGCCGAGGCGGCGCUGGGCGGCUGCGCCUGA